AUGUACCGGAAGCGGUCGUCCUCCUUCUUCGACGACCCGUCCCAGGCGGAGGCGGCGGCGUCCACUCCUCCGCCCUCCAAGCGCGCGCGCUUCCGCGGAGACGGCAGCCCCAGGCCGCGGGGCGCCGCCGUCAACCCCGACCUGGUGGCCGCGCUCCGCGCCCGGUUCCCUUCCGUCAGGCUCGAGUUCAUUGAGAAGGCUCUUGAAGAAUGUGAAAAUAAUUUGGAUUCAGCAAUAAAGUGUUUACUACCUCUACGCUUAGAACCCACAGAGUUUAAUGUGGAUCCAGCGUAUCAAUCUCCCAAUGAAAUGUCUACUGAGGUUCAAGUGCCUAAUGAAGAUAUUACAGAAUGUAAUGAAGUUCCUGCACCCAUAGAAAAUGUUCCUGGUGCAGAUAACCUUGCAUCAGGCAUCACCGAAUGGGUUGAGAUUCUUAUGAAUGAGAUGAUGGCAAGUUCCUCUAACCCAGAAGAUGCAAAGGCUCGUGUGUCAAGAGUACUGGAGGCUUUUCACAAGUCCUCGAUCUCUGGUAUCCAUACUGAAGCAAUGCAGAGGUUUCAGAAGGAAUUUUUGUCAUACAAGGAACAGUUUGAAGCUGUCAUUAAAGAAAAUACUAUUCUUAAGAAAGCUGUGGCAAUCCAACAUGUACGCCAAAAGGAGCAUGAUGAGAGAAACCAGGAGCUUCAGCAACUGAAGCAGUUGGCUCUGCAGUACCGGGAACAAAUUAGAGGCCUUGAGAUAAAUAACUACGCCUUGUCCAUGCACCUCAGACAAGCUCAGCAGGGCAGCUCGAUUCCAGGGCACUUCCAUCGGGACAUUUUGUGAGAGACCAGAAACCUGAUUUUAGGUUUCCAUAGCAUGAGGACAUCGUUCACCACACCGUAGGGGAUUCCCCAAUGGUUUCCUGGUAAAAAAAAAGAGGACAUCGUUCACCCUUCAGUCAGUUGCGGGUCUUGUUGUUAGCGGAUAUAUUCAAGAUAUAUCGUUAUAUUCAACAUAUAGAGGCAAGUGAUAACAUAGCUUAUUUUACGAUGUAGACCUGUGUACCUUCGUAAAUGUAUGCUAUAUACAUGCUAGUGUGCCUGAUUGCUGCCUCCUUAUGGGAGGGAGUGGAAGCAGCCCAGCUUGAAUCUUGCUGUUGUUUAAGUACAGACAGAAUGUGAUGAAGUUUGAAAUGAAAAGGGAAACAAAAAAUACAUUCAGAUUAA